AGUGGUAGCUAGGCGCUGGUGGCGGGAAGGAAAUGCGCCGGCUGGAGUAUGCUCCCUCCUCCUCGCUACCGGAACUGUAGCAGCAAUCUUAGCUAACUCCUCCUGCUCCGGGAAGGGCUGCAAACUGCUCAGAUUUUGUUUCUUUUUCCUUUCCUCCGCUCUUCCCGGAAGGUGAAAGGUCGAAUCGUGGAUAGACUCACCUCCAGGGCCCAAAACCCACAGCCACAGGGGCGCCAUUGUUCUCCGGACUCAUUUGUUAGAGCUCUUUUUGGGGUACGCCUGUGUGGAUGGUUAUCCCCAAAAUGAAGAAGCCUUGGCUCUGAAGCGAGCUUCUCCGAGUUAGCGGGUGCCGCGACACAGCCUCUUGAUGCAGUGUGAAUCCAGUCCAAGGGAAGAGGAGAUCCCGUCCCUCUUUUGGGGUUUGGAUCCUGUGUUUCUAGCCUUUGCAAAACUCUACAUCAAGGAUAUCCUGGAGAUGAAGGAGUCCCACCAAAUAUCAGGUAUAUAUCUUUACAACGGGCAUCCCAUAAGACGAGUGGAUAUCAUGGGAACUGUCAUUAGCGUGAGAGAAAGGGAUGCUUUCUACAGCUAUGGAGUGGAUGAUGCCACUGGGGUUGUCAACUGCACCUGCUGGAAAAAGGGGAGCAAUCCUGAGUCUUCGCCAGACCCAGUUGCUCCAAGCACUGCAAGAGAGCUGAGCGUGACCUCACAGCUUAAGAAAUUGCAGGAGACCAUUGAGCAGAAAACCAAGAUAGAAAUUGGGGAUGUUAUCCGCGUCAGAGGCUACGUGCACAUGUUCAGAGAAGAGCGAGAAAUCCGUGCCUCCAUGUAUUAUAAGGUGGACGAUCCAGUGUGGAACAUUCAAAUUGCAAGGAUGCUUGAGCUGCCUGUGCUCUACAAGAGAGUGUAUGACCAGCCGUUCCGCAACCCAGCCCUGAAGGACGAAGAGGCACCGAGCAAUACGGGCACUUUGGAUCUCGCCGGCCUCACGUCUUUGUUGAGUGAGAAAAUCAAAGAAUUCCUCCAGGAUAAGAAAGUGCAGACCUUCUACCAGCAGGAACUGGAAAUGGUGGAGUCUUUGCAGUCCCUGGCCAGCCAGCCUGUGCUUCACAGCGCCUGCUCGGACCAGGUGGGAUCCAAGAGCAGCACCACUUCCAACACAGUUCACAGUGUGUUUAAGAAUGCUAUACAGCUGCUGCGGGAAAAGGGACUCCUGUUCCAGAAAGAUGGUGGCUAUGAUAAGCUGUACUACGUGACCAACAAGGACAAAGACCUGCACCAAAAGAUCUACCAGAUCGUUAAGGAAGAGUGCCAGAAACCAAAUCAUGUGGAGAAGGGAUGCCACUUGAUGCAUAUCCUGAGCUGCGUGCACCUGAACCUCCGCUGGGACCUGAACAAGGCUGUGCUGCAGCAGGUGCUGGAGUUCCUGGAGGACCAGAGUGACAUCGUGAGCACUGGAGCUCACUACUAUACUGCCUUCUGAGCAGAACUGCGGACCAAAGCUAGGCGGCUUUACCCCGGGUUCUACUCACAGGCAUUGUACAGGGACUUACGUGUAUAUAUUUAACCUCAUAAUAAAUUCUAUUAUAGUCACUGGGAAAAUAGGAUUUGGCUUCCUUCUACUUGCUAUGUCCCUGGGAUAAAUGGCUUUGAUAUCAGCCAUGACAUACACAAGCUGUCCUUGUCACCUCCUGGCUGGACUUAGUGUCACUCAGAACAGAAUGGGAGUAAACAGUGUUGCUGGCUUAAUCACUGUGUCUGAACUUAGGGACCCUAUCUUGAUAGAGGGACAUCCUAGGGUAGAGGCUCCUGCACAUCUGGAACUGGAGAGGCAAUGGCCAGACAACAUUGCUUGAAAACUUUUUCAGACUCCGUGCUACCAGAUACAUUCCCACUGGCUUCCCUGUGUGUUAAAAGCUGACAUAGGGACAUAGUCUCCUGGAGUGAUUGACAUUUGCCUCUGGUUCCUGAGGCUGCAGCACUAGCAGUGAGGCCGAAGACCUGGGAUGCUGAGGUUUUCAGAUCUACCCUGGACACAAAAAGGAUCUGAGACUCGGCUGGCAUUUUGAUUCUUUCCCUAUGACUUGAAAGUUGUCUCAGAACAUUUUCCUGCACUCCAGGAGGUGCACAGCUGAAUGUGUGGUCCCUUGGUGCCCCUGAAGAUGGAAGAGGCUGCCAGCUGGUUGUCUGGCUGGUGCUGUUAUUUCCCAGGUUGCUGCUGAGUGUGCAGAACUUGCCAUCCAGACGAAGACUUGGUAUGUGCCCAGACAGGUGGCGGAGUCGUACUUUUGCUCAGAAUGACAAGGUAGAGAAAACAUCUGAGUUAUGUAGUAGGCUUGUUCUAACAUCAAAUGGUAGAUCCAGCCAGCAGAAAUAAAGUAUGGAGAGAGA